GAGGAGUUCCCCCUGUGAGUGCAGAAGCCCUCAGCUCCGCAUUCCGGUGGAGCUCUCAGGCACACAGCGGCCGCAGCACAGUCCCGGCCAGAAACCGUAGCUUAAACUCAAUAAGAACGGAAGUAAUAGUUUUUCCUUUUUGAAUUUGAUUUUCACUUUUUCCUUAUUGGUGUGAUUAUUUCCGGCGCUCAGGUGGAAUGGUUCACUUUUUGUCACACAGCUGUCUGAACUGUGAGAGGAGGUGAUUUAUCUCUUUUUAAGCCUUCAUUUGUCCCAGCGCUGUUACAAACAUGGUGAUCAUGACGGACACCAGCAGGGGCGCGCAGCCUUCUCCUGCCCAGGGGAGGCCACUGCAGGUCGGCUUCUAUGAGAUCAUCCGCACCCUGGGGAAAGGAAACUUUGCAGUGGUGAAGCUGGCCAAACACAAAGUCACCAAAACGCAGGUGGCAAUAAAGAUUAUAGAUAAGACCAGGCUGAAUCCCUCCAACCUGGAGAAGAUUUACAGAGAGGUGCAGAUCAUGAAGCUGUUGAAUCACCCUCACAUAAUCAAGCUCUAUCAGGUCAUGGAGACCAAAGACAUGCUGUACAUCGUGACGGAGUAUGCAAGGAACGGAGAAAUGUUUGACCACCUGACCUCAAAUGGCCGAAUGAGCGAAGAUGAGGCGCGGAAGAAGUUCUGGCAGAUCCUCACGGCGGUGGACUACUGCCACCGGCACCACAUUGUCCACCGCGACCUCAAAACCGAGAACCUGUUGCUGGACGCCAAUAUGAACAUCAAGCUGGCUGAUUUUGGGUUUGGAAACUUCUACAAAGCAGGAGAACCUCUGUCCACGUGGUGUGGCAGCCCGCCUUACGCUGCUCCUGAAGUGUUUGAGGGGAAAGAGUACGAGGGGCCUCAGCUGGACAUUUGGAGCCUCGGCGUGGUGCUUUAUGUCCUGGUGUGUGGCUCUCUUCCAUUUGACGGACCGAGCCUUCCUGCUCUCAGGCAGCGAGUCACCGAAGGACGGUUCAGAAUCCCCUUUUUCAUGUCCCAAGAUUGUGAAAACCUGAUCCGCAAGAUGCUGGUGGUAGAUCCGGCCAAGAGGAUCUCUGUGGCCCAGAUCAAGCAGCACCGCUGGAUGCUGGCUGACCCUUCAGCUGCCCAGCAGACCCUCAGCCAUUCCCUGACAGAGUACAACUCCAACCUGGGCGACUACAGCGAGCCUGUGCUGAGCAUCAUGAACACACUAGGCAUCGAUCGCCAGAGGACCAUCGAGUCUCUGCAGAGCAGCAGCUAUAAUCACUUCUCUGCCAUCUACUACCUGCUGCUGGAGAGAGUCCGAGAACACCGCACGCAGCAGCUCAGCCGUCAGUGUGGGAGCUGGAACCAGAGACCCAGGAGCACCUCUGACUCCAGCGGUCCAGAGGUGAUCAUGGAGUCCAGCGAGAGUUUUAAAACCACAGCGUUCUCAGUCCCGUCCAAAAACCCUCCUCCUGUGUACACGGAGGUGGAGUGUGACCAGGGAGGAUUAUUCCAGCGGGUGGUGUUCCCCGUGGAGGCCAGCCUGAACAGAUUGCUCUGGACCCGAUCGAUUUCACCCAACAGUCUGCUGGAGACGAGCAUCAGUGAAGAGGUGCGUCCCAGAGACCUGGAAGAGGAGGAGGCAACACAAACUCUCGGACCGCUGCUUCCUCCAUCCACCUCCCGCAGACACACUCUGGCCGAGGUCUCCGCCCGGUUCCACCAGUGCAACCCUCCAUGUAUUGUGGUUAGUCCCUCUGAUGGAGCCUCCUCUGACAGCUGUCUGAAGUCCUCCUCCAGUACUGCUCCUUCUUUGCAAGCCGCUGUUGGGGAGAUGUCAACCCUUCUGGCCUCUGGUGCUGCAGGUGGAGCUCUGCAGCAUGCUGGAGUUCCUCUGGCUCUCUCCUCCCACCUCCUGCCUCCAGCACAGAGCAGCCUGCCAACUGCCAGCUUCCAGGAGGGUCGCAGAGCCUCCGACACCUCCCUCACACAAGGCCUGAAAGCUUUUCGCCAACAGCUGAGGAAAAACACACGCACCAAAGGGCUUCUGGGAUUAAAUAAGAUCAAGGGUCUGACCAGGCCAGUUGUUCCUCCCCCUUCCUGUAACCGCGGCAGCCGAGGAUCUCUCGGACCAGCCUUCUCCGAGCACCGCAGCAUGCUGGAGGAGGUGCUGCACCAGCAAAGGAUGCUACAGAUUCAGCACCAACCACAGCCUCAGGUCCAAAGCACCCAGACAUGCCCUACCCAGAAUCCUCUGCUCUUCCUGGCACAACAACAGCCAUCUUCUUCUUCACCUUCUUCUGUGUUUGCAUCCUCCUCCAUGUGUGAUACCCCCGCUCCACCCGCCCUGCCUCCUCAGCAGCCCCCAACGGCUCUACGACACGGCCCCUGGCAUCAAACUCUCGAGACCUCCUUCUCCGGCUGCUCCUUGUCCUCCUCCACCUGCUACUCCUCCUCCCUGUCCCCUGUAGCCUCCACUGCCUACCUGCUCGAGGCACGCCUGCACAUCAGCCAACAGCCCCACCCUCACCCCUCUUACACCGGCUCCCAGCAGCAGCCUCAUCCUGCAGCGCAGGUCCCCCUCCCCCUCCCGACCAAACUGUCCAUGUGGAGCAGGGCUCCGGCCCCCGGCGCCGAACCCAACAUGCAGGAGCUGGGCCUGGCCGGACAGCAGCAGCUCAGCAGCUGCGUGAUGGUGAAGUAAAGCGGAGAACGCAGCACAAGUGAGCAGACGGAACAAAAAGCUGAUGCUAACGACUCAUUUACGCAAGAUUUACCAAAAGGUCCACAGAUGAGAACGUGCACCGUAUGUUUCUGAGAUCAUAUAAGCUAAAGACGAAGCAAUAACCAAACUCUGGACGAGGCGCUGAGUUUGUAUCGGACUCCCAGAGAAGCAAUAACAAACUCAAAGACUCUUCCAGCUCUCAGAUGGACCCAUAUGAAUGAAACAGGAGCUGAAACUGAAACGUGACGGUUGUCUCGCAGCCUGACGCCGUUGUCAGAGUUCCUUCAGCUCAUCUUUUUGUCACUUGCCUGAACAGAAGACCAAAAUUCCUUCUUUGUUUCGCCUUUCUAAACAGACAUUUCUCUGUAGCGGUGCAAUGAACAUGCAGCAAAGCGCCCUGAGCUUACAGAGGAUUCUGUUGAAACUGUGACAGUUAUUUUUCUUUUUUCAUCUGCAAGAUUGUUUUAGCUAAUGCUGCUUUUACCUCAAGCUGCAGAAAGACUGCUUAACCAGCCAAAACCCGGUGACGAGACGGUGUCUCACUGAUAGAGCAAAGCACAACCGAUACAUCAGUCAACGUGGCAGCGCCGCCGGCGCUCAGAUUCAUGUUGUCUUCGACUCGCUGAGCGCCCUUCGUGUCGCAGAUGCUUUUACUACCUCCUCAGGCAGCACCGUUUGGAAACUUGAGCAGAAGCUGGAAAAAAAAACCUCCCCAGGGUGUCAGGGGAAAAGCUGUUUUAUCAGAUGGACAGAACAAAAACUGUGGGAACAGUGCAAUAUUUUACAUGGAAACACAACAGAAAGAUCCGAGCGACGUGCGUUUUCGCCUGAGGUUUUCGUCGGGUUGGUUGAUUUUACCGUUAAGAUGUUGCUGUGCAAGCUAGCUGACUAGAAGAGGUACUUUGUUGUGAAACACAACAACGGGACACUGUAGAAACCUUUAGAGGAAGGCAUUUCAAACGUCAAAGUUACGCUUUUAGUUUGUAUUUUUAACAAAGAAACUAAUUUUGGGUUUUACCAAAGAGCGAACAGCACAAGAGACGAACAAUCCAACAAAGACACACUACUGACGUUUUACUUCAAAUGCUGUCUCGAAAUGUAGCACAGUGGUCAGUGACCAUUUCAAGGUGAUCACAGCUUCGGCUACUUCUGUCGUUGGUACCUCUAGCUGUUACCACCAGGACCAUGGUUGUAUUCCUUUUUUUUCACUUUUCUAGAAAAGAAGAAGAAGAAAAUUAAACAAACAAAGAAAAAUAUCUACAUAGCAAUACCACAUCGUGCAGGAAGCUGAACUUUGUCUGUCGGCUAGAAUAUUAGUUCAGGUGAACAGUGUGUGUGUGUGUGUGCGUGUGCGUGCGUGCGUGCGUGCGUGCGUGCGUGCGUGCGUGCGUGUGUGUGUGUGUGUGUGUGUGUGUGUGUGUGUGUGUGUGUGUGUGUGUGUGUGUGUGUGUGUAAAAUUGUCUCAUAUCUGUGAAACAUCUCAUAGGACAGCAGUGUUUUUCCAAGUUCCGCCUUGGAAACAUGCAGUGUUUGACGUUUUCACCCUGCAGUUUUGGUUGAUUGCAGUCACCAUCAAACACUUGUGCCUUUAGCCAAACAAAUUCACCAUCGGAGCUCUCCGUCUCUGAAACUGAAGAAUAAAACAAAAGAAAGAAUGACGGAUGGCUUCGUAGGCUGUUCGUUCAGACGCCCCUCUGAUACUUUCUUUGACCUUUCAGCUGCACUGUUUAAACAGAAGCAGCAUUUGCACUUUAUCUGUAUUCCUCAUAAAUUAUUUGUUUGUUUCUCAUGAUGGGACAAAAGAAAAAUCACACAACUCCACACACUAAGAAUCAUGCAAAAUCGCCCUUUUGAUAAACUUCAGAUAACAUGAAGUAUUUCCUGUUUUGUUUUCUGAUCUGUUACUUGACUGAGGAUGACCGUGUAUGUGCGUGCGUGCGUGUGUGUGUGUGUGUGUGUGUGUGCGUGCGUGUGUGUGUGUGUGUGCGUGUGUGUGUGUGUGUGUGUGUGUGUGUGUGUGUGUGUGUGUGUGUGUGUGUGUGUGUGUCUCGUGGGAGCAGAAAGAGUAAAGGGUGAGAAUGUUUAUUCCAGAAAGAUUGUUUAUUUAUAUGUUGCUAUUUAUUUAAAUAAAGUUCUGUUCCUAAAGUUU